AUGGGUAAAAGAAAAACGCGUUUGUCUUUGUUUUCGACUAUUGUUCAAAAAAUCAAUGAAAAUGAGAGAAAACUGCCGUCCACUGACUGUCACCGGAUCGAUAAUGAAUACUUUACUGCAUUCAAUUCAUUGGAUGAUAUUCAGCAAUUUCAUGCGAAGGUGACUGAACAACAGCAGAAGAGUAGCGUUGAUGAAGAAACAGAUGUUCAAAACGAACAUGACGAUCAGGAUAUGGAUAUGAAAUCCUUUGCACAACAAUUUCUGAUUGAUUCGCCAGAAACAGAAGAUCUAAGUUUGAUCCGUACCUCUUCACAAGAGAUAUUCACUACGGAUCAACCAAUCAAUUGGUCACCGAAAACCGAUGUCAAUAAAAACUUCAGUCAAUCCGCAGAUAAUAAAAGACGCAAAUCGACAAUGCCUGUGAAAUUACCGGUUCAAUCGACGCAUAAAAGACAACGUCGACAUAUUCGAGAUUUACCACAAUCAAGUGACUUCAUUUUUACGUCUGACCACAAUCGUCGAGAUUUAUUAAAUACUUCAAAUAGUAUAUUUGAUUAUUCGCAAACGGAAAUUACCUCGAGCAAUCAUCAUGAAUCCACGAGGUCAAGCGAUUCUUCUCUAAUAAAAAAUGAACCAGUUGAAUCUGAACAAGUAUUAAUUGAGCCAAAAGAAGAACCAGUAGACGUUCACAUGACAUCUAUAGGUGCCAUGAGCUUUGGCACAUCACAAUUUUCGGGUGAUCUCGAUAAUUAUGUUCAUAAUAUCCAUCUACUUCGCCAAUCGUCAAAUUCCGUCGAAUCUAAUCCAUUAGUUUCUUCUCGUCCGAAACGAAUUCGUAAACGAAAGAAACUUUAUAUCGAAGAAAGUGAGCUACCAACAAGGCCGAAUAAGAUCAAAACAGCAAUUCGGAAAAAACGUCCAUUACCUCAACUCCCUUCUGCACUCCAAUUAACUGAUGCAGAAAUUGAACAACAAUUCGGUGAACGUCUAUCUGUAGUUAAAUCAGAAUAUGAUAGUGAUAUUCAACAACGUAUCAAUAGUCAAGUUGUUAUAGAAUUCGAACCUGUUUCGUCAACACCACAAACGCCGAUGGAGAAAGCACGAGCAAAACUAACUUCGGCAUUAGAACGUGGACAUGAUCCUGAUACGUAUUUAUUGAAAAUUCGUUCCCGUGAACAUAAAAUAAUUGAAGUUCAGUUGGCAAUUUAUGGUACCGCUGAUUGGUAUUCACUACGAACGAAAAUAUUGACAAAAAUCGAAGAAGCACUACGUGGUCUUCGUGUAAGUUGGACAAAAAUUGAUAUCGUAGUUGAUGAUUUCGAUGUACAAAUCUCCACGUCAUCGCAAACUGCUUCUAUUACUCCGCCGUCCUCCAUAUCGAAUAUGAAUUCAUCGUGGUUUUUAAAAGCACUAAGUGAAUCGGGUCCGUUGAUUGUUCAUAUACACGAUCGUCGAUAUCCUCAACGACGUCUUUUGAUCAAAUGUCCAUGUGCGGAAUGUUCACUGACGUCUACCGAUGACUCUUUCCGUUCAUCGCUACCUGUCAUUGUCAAUGCCUCUCCAGCCACUACACCGACUCGUCGUUUAACAACGCCAAGUAUUUUGAGUAAAACUUCUCAGUCGAAUAUUUCCUCAUCACAUAACAUUGCAACGACAUUCUUCAAUGAGCUUAUCUACCUAUAUGGCAGAAAUACAGUUGUAUCUGUGACACAAUGUGUAUUAGAUCUUGCUUUGAUUGUGAGCGUUCAUGCGUCGUUGCCCAGUCUUUGUGUUUCGCCGAAUUAUUCCACGGAAGAAUAUAAGAAGAAAUAUCAACAAAUUAUUGAUCCGCUGAAAUGUACAUUGAAUGACAAUGAAAAAAUCUUAUUGAAUAAAACACCAAUGAUUGCGCGUGUUGUGUCUGUAAAUGCAAUAAAUAAUACACAAUCGAUUGUUCUCUCCAAGCCACCGGAUAUUCUCACUUUUUAUGAUUCAAUUCGGCAGAGCAAUGCAAAAAUAAGAAGUGCAAAAUCAAUGAGAAAGUUGAUUAGUACAUCAUUUGCGUCACCUAUUUCGCCUCCGUCUCAAUCAAAUUUGCUCAAAACUCGAGCGGUAAUUCUUCCGAAACCAGCAACAUCGUUAUCUUUGGGACAUACUUCGUCAGCGAUGAAUGUGAUUGAAUUAAGGAAAGUAAAUGAACCAAACCUUCAAGCUCAACGACUUUCAUCACAAAUCAAUCAUUCUGACACGAAUGAAUUAAAACAACGGACGGUUUGUACACCGAUCAUUGAAUUAAAACCAAUCACGAGCGGAUCGUCAGUAAUAACACAAAAUAUUCAUUCGCUUACUCGAGAUUCACUAGCUCAUGAAGUGAACAAAGAAACAGCUACCGAGCGAAACGAAUUACCAUCUAUUUCAAAUGAAACAACAUCUUCAGCAAACACAAACGCUCGUAUCAUUCGUCUUUCGAUUGCGAAAUCUACAUCAGCCGAUGCACAACGACCAUCUACAAGAUCACCUCCCACUUUUCGACUAGUGACAUCACCGAAAUCCAAUUCUGAAUCAACUUCUUCACAUUCCAUUUCAUCGACGAACGCUGCGGAAACAGUACCGCUCGUGCCGAAACAAAUCAAUAUCAUCAAACCAUUAUCUUCAACACCUACGUGUCUCACACCUGCCGUGAAGCUUUCGAAUCCCGUUCUCAUUGCCAAUAGAUCUCAACCGCCAACGACAAAAUGA